AUGUUCCUAAUCGUUGUUUCAUUCUUUUUAAGCGCUUUGGGUAUUUAUAUCUGGCUUUUCUACGAGAAUGUGAAACGCCUUCCAAAGGGACCAGCACCAAUACCAUUUUUUGGAAAUUUACUUUCAGUGAAUUUUCGAAAACUACACGAAGAUCUUUCCGAUUACUCCAAGGAGUACGGUAGCGUUUUUACAGUAUGGCUCCCACUGCCGUAUGUAGUCAUUACAGACUAUGAUUUGAUCAAGGAAGCAUUCGCUAAGAAAGGUAGGCACAUUAAUUAG